AUGGGUAGAGAUCAUUUCACCAAACAACACGCCAGAUCCGGUCAUCGUGAAGCUCCAAAGUCUGAUAACGUUUACUUAAAAUUAUUAGUUAAACUUUACUCAUUCUUAGCUCGUCGUACUGAUGCUCCAUUCAACAAAGUUAUCUUAAAAUCUUUGUUCUUAUCAAAAAUCAACAGACCACCAGUUUCUAUCUCAAGAGUUGCUCGUGCUUUAGGUCAAAAAGGUGCUGCUGAAAAAACCAUCGUUGUUGUUGGUACCGUUACUGAUGACAACAGAUUAUAUGAAUUCCCAAAAGCUACUGUUGCUGCUUUAAGAUUCACUGCUGGUGCUCGUGCUACCAUCUUGAAAAAUGGUGGUGAAGCUAUCACUUUAGAUCAAUUAGCUACCAGAUCUCCAAAAGGUGAAAACACUUUGAUCGUUAGAGGUCCAAGAAACUCAAGAGAAGCUGUUAGACACUUCGGUAUGGGUCCUCACAAAAACAAAGCUCCAAGAAUUCAAUCCACUGGUAGAAAAUUCGAAAGAGCUAGAGGUAGAAGAAGAUCUAGAGGUUUCAAAGUCUAAUCAAAUUAAGACUUUGAUAAACUUUUAUAAUUCUUUGGGAUAAGAUUGAUGUAUAUAUGUAUCUUUAAUGUUAAAUUUAUUAUGUCAGUCUGUUCUUUAAUAUCUUGGAUUUUUUUAUGUAUAAUAAUGGUUAUAUGGGUAGAUUUUUUUUACGG